AUGACGACCGAGAUGCAGUCCUUCUACACCACUAACGCCUCGACUUACAUGUCGCAUGCGCCCGCCGCGGUCGACGAGCUCAUCAGCAAGUACUCGUCCGCCAGUGCUCCCGCCGCAUUCCGCAUACAACGGUCUCGCAACCACUUCCAGCGAUUCUUCGACCGCGUCCGUCUGGAGUACUACCGCUACGAAGUCACCUUCGGUCUCUACGUGAUGACCCCCAGUGAGAAACUCGUGGCCAAUACCUUUGUGGUCGUGGUUUUGUCUCUUCUGUUCUGGGCAUUGGUGCUAUACUUCCCUUCGCUACUGUACCACAAGCUCAGCCGCCUCGUGUGGUUGCUGACGGGUCACAGCAGCCAAGAGGUGGGCACUGCAUUGGGCAUUCUGGAUAUUUACGGCAACCCUAUCUCUCCCUCGUCCAUUGCAGAGCAUGCCGUCCCUUCAUAA